UGGCCACUAUCAAAACAUCCAAUUCCGCUACAGGUUUUCAAAAUAAAUCUCUUGUUAUGAAAACAUCUGCUGUGUAUCCAAUCACAGCGCGUUCUAACGUUUGGUUUUAUUGAGACGCUCACAGUUGAGUUCCGAUUAUUCCACACACUAGUGGUUUGACGCAGCCUGGAAAUGGAGGUGUGUGUGUGUGGAAAAAAUGUUAUGCUGAUGCGGAGACCGAACAGACACAUAUCCGAAAGAAGAAACGAGGUCAGUUACGAUAAAGGAGGACAUCGCCAAGUCACAUUGUCGAUUCUUGGCCCCCGGUGACUCCCAUGUCUGUCUCCGGGGUAGGUCUAACCCAAAAAAUUCGUCAACCUGCAAUGGGCUAUGGGAGAUCGGUUCAUCUUCUUGCAGCUGUUUAGAGACCCGAUGAUACCAGCAAGACCGAGUCAAUGAGGGCGGCCUGUCCCCUUUUGUCCUGCGCUUCUCGUCCCGGUGUCUGGCCGCCAGGCGCACACAGUGCGUAAAUGCACUUCAAGUAGAGAAGGCAGGCCUCCGAGGAACAUUUUAGAUGUUGAAAUUCAGGUUUUGUCAGACAUCGUGGUAGCGAUUCGAUUUCAUCAUAGUUCCGCUGAGCGGAUGGAGUGAACUGUGCAAUAGGCGAGAGAGACAGUUGCAGUUUGGUUGCGUGUGAUGAUAGGAGACACAAUGACGCUCUUGUCUCUUCUGGGUCGGAUCAUGCGUUAUUUUCUCCUCAGGCCGGAGACGUUGUUUCUGUUGUGCAUAAGCCUGGCGCUGUGGAGUUAUUUCUUCCACACGGACGAGGUGAAAACCAUCGUCAAGUCCAGCCGGGAUGCCGUGAAGAUGGUGAAGGGGAAAGUAGCGGAGAUGAUGCAGAAUGAACGGCUGGGAGGCCUCAGUGUCCUGGACGCAGAGUUCUCCAAAACCUGGGAGUUCAAGAACAACAAUGUAGCUGUGUACUCCAUACAGGGGAGGAGAGAUCACAUGGAGGACCGCUUCGAGGUGCUCACGGACAUCACCAACAAGAGCCACCCGUCCAUAUUCGGGAUAUUUGACGGUCACGGUGGAGAGGCUGCAGCUGACUAUGUGAAGGCCCACCUGCCAGAGUCCCUGAAGCAGCAGCUGCAGGCAUUUGAGAGAGAGAAGAGAGAGAGCUCUCUCUCUUAUGCCAACAUCCUCGAGCAGCGCAUCCUGGCCGUGGAUCGUGAGAUGCUGGACAGGCUCUCUGCCAGCCAUGAUGAAGCAGGAACAACAUGUCUAGUAGCACUGCUGUCGGACAGAGAGCUCACAGUGGCAAACGUCGGAGACUCUCGCGGAGUGUUGUGUGACAAAGAUGGGAAUGCUAUUGCCCUAUCACACGAUCACAAACCGUAUCAACUCAAAGAGCGCAAGAGGAUCAAGAGGGCAGGAGGUUUCAUCAGUUUUAAUGGCUCUUGGAGAGUCCAGGGAAUCCUAGCUAUGUCCCGCUCCCUAGGGGACUACCCACUGAAAAACCUCAAUGUUGUCAUCCCCGACCCUGAUAUUAUGACGUUUGACCUGGACAAACUGCAGCCAGAGUUCAUGAUCCUGGCCUCCGACGGUUUAUGGGACGCCUUCAGUAAUGAAGAGGCUGUUCGCUUUGUCCGUGAACGUCUGGAUGAGCCUCACUUUGGUGCCAAGAGCAUCGUCCUCCAGUCUUUCUACCGCGGCUGCCCCGACAACAUCACCGUCAUGGUGGUCAAGUUCAAAAGUGGAGCUGGGGGGAACAGUAAGGCUGGGGAAUAGGUGAUGUUUAGAGCUGACAUUGUGGUCAGUUUUUCCUAUGAUUGUCCCAUCUUCUGGAUGGAGAAGCAAACACAGAGGACAGGACAGAGAAUAUGAAUGCUGAGUACUGUACUUCUGACAAAUGCGCACACACACAGACACACACAC